AUGCACCUAUUCACCAUCGUCAACACAUUAGCCGAUUUGGCAAUGAUGUGGUUGUUGAUGUGUAAUGUUCGAGAUACAGAUCGUUCGCAUCCUUUGGCAACUUAUGUUACUUUUAUGGCUGCACCAUAUUACGCCAAAUUGUAUCCAAUGAUACAAAGAAGCACAACUUUUUCGAUCAAUCCGAUUUAUGAUCAACAUUAUAAGGAGAACUUCAACGCGUAUGAAUUGUGAGUUGAGACGAGGCUUCUUAAAAGUUAGGAUGCUUUUGGGAUAGUGAAACUUCCAAGAGGUUACAUAAACUUUUAUGAAACUCAGAUAUUUCAGGCUAGUUCAGGUUUUUCUGAAAAAAAAGUUUUACUGUAGCUUUACAGAUGCUUUGUCUCUUCAAAAUUCAAAAAGGUCCAAAUUUUUUUUAUCUAAAGUUAGAAGAACUCUUACAAGGAAAGUGUUUCAAAGUUCCCCCAGGAAAAUCUUUGAGUAUAUGCGGAAAUUGUCGUACCUAGUGGGGUUUGAAAAACUCCAGGGGGAAUUUGUAAGCGAAAAUUCAUUUCAUGAGUUACGGUAACUUUUUGAUGAUUUUUUCAAAAAACACGUCAUUUUCAAAAAAUCGGUAUUCAUCUCAAACUUGACGAAAAUGCUCGAUUAAAACAUGAUUCUGCAGCUUAAAACUUCAAUUUUAUGAUAAAAUUACGGAGGUAGCUCGAAAAAAUUUGAGGAUAGAAAAAACUUAAAAAAGUGAAAAUGCUGCAAUUUCACCCAUUAGAUAGAAUCUAUGUGCAACGAGAGUUAGAGUAUAUUGCGUUUUUUUUUGUUCGAAAUUUUUUCGAGCUAUAUUCGUAAUUUUAUCAUAAAAUUGAAGUGUUUAGCUCCAGAAUCAUGUUUUAAUCGAGCAUUUUCGUCAACUUUGAGAUGAAUACCGAUUUUUUUGAAAAUGACGUGUUUUUUGAAAAAAUCAUCGAAAAGUUACCGUAACUCAUGAAAUAAAUUUUUGCUUACAAAUUCUCUUUGGGGUUUUUCAUACCCCACUAGGUACUACAAUUUCCGCAUAUACCCAAAAAUUUUCCCGGGGGAACUUUGAAACACUUUCCUUGUUACAAGGGACUUACAUUAGGGUGAUAACGGCUUUUGAAAUAAGGUAAGCGUCUUAGGUAACUCGACGCGUUGAUCACGAUCCCGCAAAAAUUAGCUGCUGAGCUCCAGUAUGAGCCGCGCAAAUAAGCUCCAAAGUUUGCUCAUAAAAUAGCAAUUUUCAUAUGAAAUAAGUAUGUAAGUUUUGGGUAGAAUAGAAGUACCAUAGGGUUAUUUUGGCCGAAUUAAAAGUUGCGAAUAUUUAUUUUUGUUGAAAAUUGGUGUUUGAAGUCGAUUUUGGGAUCAUCGAAAAAUUGGAACCGAAAAAAUUUGAGUCAAAAAUUUUCACGUGAAAAAAUGCUUUAAUUUCCAAAGAAAUGUGAAUCUUUUUAAUUCAAAAAUCUCGUAAUUUUUUGUAUCAAAAUUUGCUUCGGAGCUCAUUUGCGCGACUCAGACUGGAGCCCAGCAGCUUAUUUUUGCGGCAUCGUGAUCAGCGCGUCGAGUUACCUAAGACUGUAUUUACCUUAUUUCAAAACCCGUUAUCACCCUAAUGUAAGUCCCUUGUUAGAAUAAUAACCCCACCCUUUUCAGAAUGUAUUUGCGAGAUAGAACAUACGAAUCAAUCAUGCUUGCUUCAACAUUUUUUGUGAUGUUGAUUGGUGGAACUUGUUGUAUUGAGGGAAUUUUGAAAUCAAUUCGAGAUGAUAAACCAUUAACAACUUGUCAAAUCAGGUAAAUAUUCAUGCUGAUCCUCCAAAACAUCUCAUUUCUCAGAACUCGUUUGAUAAUUCCACUUGCUCUUGGAUUGUUUUUAUCAAUGGCUCUUUAUAAUGGUGUGAUAACAAUGCGAAUGAAUACAAAACUUGUUGAGCCAAUCCCAAAUAUGCCACUGUUUUGCAUUUUUGUUUUUGCUAGUGUUUGCUUGUCGAUUGCUAUGAUUGUCGGAAGUCUUGGACUUCGAAAAAUGACCUCGGAUAUUUCGGAACAUCAACAGACUAUGAUUAGAUGUUUCACAUCAUUCCAAACAUUUUUCAUGAUCAGUGCUGUACCAAUCUUUUUCAUUAUUUGUAAGUUCUACAUAGAUCUCAUGUUAGAUUCACUGAUGAUGAUUAUAUCACAGAUCAAAUGAUUCCGCAAUAUGGCCACAUCAAAUUCUGGUUCUCUGACAUGGAAAACUUUGUUCGCCUGAUCUUCUUGGCUGCGAUCAUGUGCUUGGAACCAUUCGCAACUCGACUUCGAGUUCGUCAAACUUUCUAUCGAACUGGUGUGACUGAGAUUUCUAACGAUACAACAGUUCAGCCAAGUGUUAUUAUAACUCAACCACAAGCUCCACCAAUGCCAAACAAAUCGGUAACAGAUUUUCUAGUGUCUGAGAAAAUGAAAAACAUUUUUAUAAAUAUCUAGGUCACUCCUCCGCCACCAGUUUACGAACAAUCUGGACCAUGUCCAUCAUAUGAACUUGCUUCGAGACAAAUGAAUGGCCCAAAUUGGACUGGUGCUACAAUUUCCGAAUUGGAUGUUCAAUUCAAGAAGGCGCCUUUGACACCUAUUGAAUCGGCAUGA